CAAUGUCAGUUUAGUUCUGUUUGCGUUGGCGAGCGGUCAUGUGUCCGGUUACCACGAUUUUGUUGGGCUCGGUUGUGUUGGUAGCACUGGUCUACGUUUUCUUGACAUGGAAUUUCAACUAUUGGAAAAAGCGUGGAAUACCAAGUGCCAAGGCUUGGCCUUUCGUGGGCAGUUUCCCCAGUGUGUUCACCCAGAAGCGGAACAGGGUCUACGACAUUGACGAUAUCUGCAAUGAAUACAAGGACUCGCACAGCAUUGUAGGAGUGUUCAACACGCGGCUUCCACAACUAUUGGUUACAACUCCGGAGUAUGCGCACAAAAUAUAUGCCACGGACUUUCGCAGUUUCCACGAUAAUGAAUUGGGCUUGUUUACCGACAAAAAGGUGGACAAAAUCUUGGCCAACAACCCAGCUGUACUCAGGGGAGAUGAGUGGAAAGCGAGGCGAGCCGAAGUAACGCCGGGGCUUUCAGCAAACCGGGUCAAAGCAGUCUAUCCUGUGUCCCAAGAUGUGUGUAAAAAGUUUGUGGAGUAUGUCAAAAAACAAAUCAAGAUGGCACCCUCAGAGGGCCUUAAUGCCAAAGAUCUGUGCCUGUGCUACACAACCGAAGUGGUCUCUGACUGCGUUUUGGGAAUCUCGGCUCAGAGUUUCACGGAUAACCCAACACCGCUGGUUGGAAUGAUCAAAAGAGUAUUUGAAGGCUCAUUUGCCUUUAUAUAUUUUAAUGUUGUGGCCAACCUGUGGCCUCCAAUCAGAAAGCUCUACGGCGUGCCAUUAUUUUCCAAAGAUGUUGAGAACUUCUUUUUCGACAUAAUGAAGAAGUGUAUUCUCAUAAGGAAAGAAAAUCCACUUCAGCAACGUGAUGACUUCCUAAAUUACAUGUUAACCCUCCAAGAGAAAAAGGGUCUAGAUACCGUGGAGUUGACCUCGCAUACGAUGACUUUCCUUACGGACGGAUUCGAGACAACGGCUGGAACUCUGGCUCACAUUCUUUUGUUACUGGCACGUAAUCCGGAAACGAUUCGAAAGUUAAGGGAAGAGAUAGGCACCAAGGAAAUGAACUUUGAGGAGCUGAGUGAGCUGCCCUACAUCGAAGCCUGCAUUCAUGAAACCUUACGAAUUUUUCCGCCUACUUUGUACGCUCGAAAGCUGGUAUCUGAGACGUAUGAAUUUGUGAACAAGAAUGGUGUUACAGUUAAAGUUUACCCCGGUGAUGUCGUCCUGGUUCCGGUCAACUCCCUUCAUAAGGAUCCUAAGUACUAUGAAGAUCCCGAAGAAUUCAAGCCAGAGCGAUUCUUGGAGUCCAAUGGUGGAUCCAAAAAGUAUAGAGAUCAAGGAGUAUAUUUCGGUUUUGGUGAUGGCCCCCGUAUCUGCCCGGGCAUAAAAUUCGCAACCACCCAACUCAAAGCGGCUCUGGUGGAAAUAGUCCGUAACUUUGACAUAAAGGUUAACCCAAGAACUCGCACAGAUAAUCGUUUUGACGAUACCUUCUUUAUGGCUGCUUUAAAGGGAGGCAUUUGGCUUGAUUUUAAGGAACUAAAAUAAAAUUUCCCAUAGAUUACUAUUAAGCAAAUUAUUAUUAUUUUGAGAGUUGCUUGUGCGUUUGAAACCGAGAGUAUAAGUACCUCGGUAUGAGUUUUUGUACUUCUAUUUCCGAUCGAUUAGUUAUAUAUAUAUUGCAUCCUCCUAGCUUUAAAGAGAACGCCAAUGUCCAGUUGGGCAAUUUUGUAAAACCCAAUAUUAUGAGAAUAAAACAAAUUCGAAUGAGA